AAUGAGGGGAAGAGUGUGAGAAUGAAUGAGGGGAAAGUUAAUGAAAGUUAGAACAGAACAAUUUCCUUUCUCAGAUGUCACAGCUCUGAGACCCUUAACAACUAGUUGAACCUCUUAUGAGCUGUGACAGGUUAUCAGAUCCAAAUAGGUCGUCCUGGGUCACCAGGGACUGUUACUCCAUGGCAACACAGGUCAUCAUGGAAACCCUGCCACCUCCACUAACAAUCUUUCCCCCCCAGAAAACACACACACACACCAACACGCAUGCCUUUCACAAUAAUUGACCUGCCUUUCUACAUGACUGAACCACUGCACAUGAAACAUGACUUGAAUUUUUAAAACAACUCAUUUCAGUUUCCUAGGCCUAAUUUAACUAGGGAAGUAGCCUAUUCUAAAUCAAACUUGAGCUAAUCGUAGUCAUAUUACAAUACUGAAAGGUUUCUGUCAUUUUUCCUACAACCACACCUGAACAGCUGCUUCUCACAUUAGCAGACCCAUUGAAACCUCGCCCUAUGCAUUUUGAAAUAAAAUAAUCACUUUAGUUUCAAUUUCCACAAUGAACGUUCUUUCAUGAAUAAAUAUGAGCACAAAGCGCUCAGUGGAAACAUUUUAUAAAUUAGCCUAACGCACGCACCGCGGCCCCCCCACUGGAGAUGCCGGUGGCUGAUUGGACAAACCCGCUGGGGGUCCAGUAAUUUGUGUAACAAACGGCUAUAAAAAACAGCUCGUCAACGUAACACUAAGGGAACUAACAGAGAGCUACAUCCCAACUGUUCUCCACCAAAAAUCAAGCCGACCUCUUCUACCUCUUGCACCCGAUGAACGUCACCAUAUUUCAACAAGAUGCUAGCUAAAUUCGGCCUGUUCGCGAUCUUUCUAGUCCUGGGGACCUCCGCCUUCGAUGCCGAACCGGAGGAAUCCUCUCCUCGCCGUGCACGCUUCUCCUCCAAUAGCCCCUCGGAUGUGGCUGGGUGUUUGAAUGGUGCUCUAGCUGUGGGAUGUGGAACAUUUGCCUGCCUGGAGAAUUCUACCUGUGACACGGAUGGCAUGCACGAUAUCUGCCAACUGUUCCUCCACACUGCAGCUACCUUCAACACACAGGGUAAGACAUUUGUAAAGGAGAGUCUGAGGUGUAUUGCCAACGGCGUCACAUCUAACGUGUUCCAGACCAUCAGGCGCUGUGGAAUCUUCCAGAGGAUGAUCUCUGAGGUCCAGGAGGAGUGUUACAGUAGACUGGACAUCUGUGGUGUGGCUCGCUCCAACCCUGAGGCCAUUGGAGAGGUGGUACAGGUACCUGCACACUUCCCCAACAGGUACUACAGCACUCUGCUUCAGUCCUUGCUGGCCUGUGAUCAGGAAACAGUGGCGGUUGUCAGGGCGGAGUUUGUUUCUAGGCUGGGGCCAGACAUGGAGAUCCUCUUCCAGCUGCUGCAGAACAAGCCUUGCCCCCAGGAUUCUAACCAAGGUGCUAUUUCCGCCCCCGGCUGGCACUGGCCAAUGGGGUCUCCCCCCUCCUUCAAGGUCCAGCCCAGCAUGAGAGGAAGAGACCCCACCCACCUGUUCGCUAGGAAACGCUCUCUGGAGGAGUCGGAUAGCGAGAUGGAGUAAAGAGGAAACUUACACUACCGGUCAAAUGUUUUGGAACACCUACUCAUUCAAGGGCUUUUCUUUAUUCGUACUAUUUUCUACAUUGUAGAAUAAUAUUGAAGACAUCAAAACUAGGAAAUAACACAUGGAAUCAUGGAGUAAACAAGAAAGUUUUAUAUUUGAGAUUCUUCGAAGUAGCCACCCUUUGCCUUCAUGACAGCUUUGCACACUCUUGGCAUUCUCUCAACCAGAUUCAUGAGGUAGUCACUUGGAAUGCAUUUCAAUUAACAGGUGUGCCUUAAAUGUUAAUUUGUGGAAUUUCUUUCCUUAAUGUGUUUGAGCCAAUCUGUUGUGUUGUGACAUGGUGGGGGGGUAUACAGAAGAAGCCCUAUUUGGUAAAAGACCCAUUCCAUAUUAUGGCAAGAACAGGUCAAAUAAGCAAAGAGAAACGACAGUCCAUCAUUACUUUAAGACAUCAGUCAAUACGGAAAAUGUGAAGGACUUUGAAAGUUUCUUCAAGUGCAGUUGCAAGAACCAUCAAGCGCUAUGAUGAAACUGGCUCUCAUGAAGACUGCCACAGGAAUGAAAGACCCAGAGUUACCUCUGCUGCAGAGGAUAAGUUCAUUUAGAGUUACCAGCCUCAGAAAUUGUAGACCAAAUAAAUGCUUCACAGAGUUCAAGUAACAGACACAUCUUAACUUCAACUGUUCAGAAGAGACUGUGAAUCAGGCCUUCAUGGUCAAAUUGCUGUAAAGAAACCACUACUAAAGGACACCAAUAAUAAGAAGAGACUUGCUUGUGCCAAGAAACACGAGUAAUGGACAUUAGACCUGUGGAAAUGAAGAUUUUUGGUUCCAACAGUCUUGUCUUUGUGAGACGCGGUGUGGGUGAACGGAUGACCUCUGCAUGUGUAUUUCCCACCGUAAAGCGUGGAGGAGGAGGUGUUAGGGUAUGGGGGUGCUUUCCUGGUGACACUGUCUGUGAUUUAUUUAGAAUUCAAGGCACACAACCAGCAUGGCUACCACAGCAUUCUGCAGCGAUACGCCAUCCCAUCUGGUUUGCGCUUAGUGGGACUAUCAUUUGUUUUUCAAAAGGACAAUGACCUAACACACCUCCACACUGUGUAAGGGCUAUUUUACCAAGAAAGAGAGUGAUGGAGUGCUGCAUCAGAUGACCUGGCCUCCACAAUCCCCCAACCUCAACCAAAUUGAGAUGGUUUGGGAUGAGUCGGACCGCAGAGUGAAGGAAAAGCAGCCAACAAGUGCUCAGCAUAUGUGGGAGCUCCUUCAAGACGGUUGGAAAAGCAUUCCAGGUGAAGGUGGUUGAGAGAAUGCCAAGAGUGUGCAAAGCUGUUAUCAAGGGAAAGGGUGGCUAUUUGAAGAAUUUUGAUUUGUUUAACACUUUUUUGCUUACUACAUGAUUCCAUGUGUAAUUUCAUAGUUUUGAUGUAUUCCCUAUUAUUCUACAAUGUAGAAAAUAGUCAAAAUAAAGAAACCCCCUUGAAUGAGUAGGCGUGUCCAAACUUUUGACCGGUAUUGUACAUGCACACCGCUCAUACCUUGAACACACACUCACAUAUACACACAAACACACCACAGCUACCUUAAACACACAUUCAUGAACGCUUCAACCCUCUAUGCAUGCUGACACACACAGCUGUCUCCUCAAAUGAUUAAGGCUAAAUGAUUAAGGGAAGUUUGGUACUGCUGUAAUGUGGUAGGUGAUUUGGGGAAGCGUCUAUCUCUAGCUGCUGUUGAAAGUAUUUCUGUGUUGGCUGAUGCUUGAUGAGAGGGGGAUGAAACGUGUUAGCUGGACGUUGAGUGUGGAGGAUAAUAUCUGCUCAGAAUAGACUCAAUUUAACCUAGAGAGCUGAUGAAAAGUCUGAUCAUUUAAUGUUAGCCUUUGAAAUGUUUCAAUUGAUUAUCUAAGAAAACGAACUGUCAUUGUAGUUCCAUCUGAUUUCAACAUGGCACAGAUAACGUCCCAGUUUUGACCAGUGAUUUCCAAGAGAAGCCUAUUUAAAAAGACGUUUGGAUAUAUUACUAUAAUAUUAUUAUUGGUAUUUAUUUUCUUACUAAAUGUUUAUUUAUGAUGUUGUAUUACGUCUUUAGUUGUAACUUGUGUGAUUGAGUUGUCGGCAGCGGGUGGAGUUUGACAUCGUGAUGUGACGUCAAAUUCUGAUGCCGUGCUGUAUGUCGCUCUAUGACGAUGUCACCACCCCCUCACAGGGACAUGAUGUCAACGCGCUGGUCGUGGGGCUCACCGCGUCCUUCUCCGUCACUUUCUGUGUUAAUGUAAGAUCCUAUACUGUGUAAGAACACGACAAUAGUAUGCUGUGGAAGAUGUGGUUAAAUCGUGUGUGUGUGUGUGUGUUAUAGUGUAGUCAAGUCUGGUACUUUACACUAUGGGGGCUUGUGGUAAUUCUCUCUGCUACAAAUAAAUGUUGUGAUCUGCA